AUGGAGUUUUGGUUCUUGCUCUUUGCUUCUCUUUGUAUUUAUAUUUCCCUCUCUUCUCUUUUAGGUUUUUUACGCACCAAAAGACUUCCACCAGGCCCUCCCACCAUACCAUUCUUAGGAAACCUUUUAUGGCUUCUUCAAUCCUCCAGUGACUUCUCCACCAUUGAGCCAACCCUUCGCCGCCUACGAGCCCGCUACGGCCCCAUCGUCACCCUCUACAUCGGCUCAUUCCCGGCCAUCUUUGUAACCACCCACGAAGCCGCCCACCGUGUCCUUGUCCAAGGCGGCGCCACCUUCGCCAACCGCCCACAAGCCCUUGAAACCUCCAAAAUUCUGUUUAGCAACCAACACACACUCUCCUCCGCAGCCUACGGCCCACUCUGGCGCCUCCUCCGCCGCAACUUCACGUCCAUCUUCCACCCUUCUCGGGUCAAGUUGUAUUCCCAUGGCCGAAAAUGGGCAUUGGACAUGUUAAAGACCAACCUCCAAACCGAGGCGGCCUCCGGCAAGGCUGUCCUCAUUUGGGAUCAUAUUCAACAUGCCAUGUUUUCUUUAGUUGUCUUCAUGUGUUUCGGAGAAAAAUUGAAAGAGAAUGUUGUUAGAGAGAUUGAAAAGGUCCAAAGGACCAUGAUUGUCAACUUCAUUAGGUUUAAUGUGUUAAACUUCAUGCCAAAGUUGGGUAAGAUUGUGUUUAGAAAGUUGUGGAAAGAGUUCUUGGAAAUGCAUCAAAAUCAAGAAAAUGUACUCCUCCCACUUAUAAGAGAGAGAGUGAGAAAAAGGAAGGAAGCUAGCAAAGAUAAGGACUUUUUGGUAAUUUCUUACAUUGAUAGCCUUUUUGAUCUCCAACUCCCCCAAGAAGGAAGAAAAUUUUCUGAAAGUGAGAUUGUGAGUCUAUGUUCGGAGUUUCUCAAUGCUGGUACUGACACAACCACUACCACAUUACAAUGGGCCAUGGCCAAUAUAGUAAAGCACCAAGGCAUACAACAAAAGUUAUAUAGUGAAAUUAAUAGAGUGGUCAAAAAAGGUGAGGAGAUUAAAGAAGAUGACUUAGACAAAAUGCAUUAUUUGAAGGCCACAGUGUUGGAGACUCUCCGUCGACACCCGCCGGGGCACUUCAUACUGCCGCGAGCCGCCACCGGGGACGAUGCCGUCUUCGACGGCUACCACAUACCUAGGAAUGCCAUAGUGAAUUUCACAGUGGCAGAUAUGGGUUGGGACCCAAAUGUGUGGGAAGAGCCAAUGGAGUUCAAACCAGAGAGGUUCUUGAAGGGUGAUGGUGGAGAAGUGGCGUUUGAUGUAAAAGGUGUGAAAGAGAUCAAGAUGAUGCCUUUUGGUGCAGGGAGGAGGGUGUGCCCUGCUAUUCAUGUGGCACUGCUUCAUGUACAAUAUUUUGUGGCCAAUUUGGUUAGGGAAUUUAAAUGGACAGCUGAGGAUGUUGACUUGAGUGAGAAACAAGAUUUCAGUAUUGUAAUGAAGAAUCCCCUUAGAGCCCACGUCACCCCAAGGAUGGACUGAUCAAAU